AUGGCUAUGGUACAACCUUCCACUUGGGACCGCUUUAAAAUGGGUGCCCUAAUGGGUUCUACCGCUGGUAUGGGUAUUGGUUUAGUUUUCGGUACUUUGGCCGUACUCCGUUAUGGACCUGGUCCUCAUGGUUUCGUUCGUACCAUGGGUCGCUACAUCUUCUCGUCUGCGGCUACUUUCGGUUUCUUCAUGUCUAUUGGUUCUGUUAUUCGUUCCGAAGAGUUGGAUGUGUCAGAGACCCAACGACAAUUCAUGAAGUAUCGGUUUCAAAAUCCCUAUAUGUACAACCAAUUACGGUUCGCUGAAAGACGCUCAACAAAGUCUAAGAAUGAAUAA